UUGAAUUGUGUGCACAAUGAUUUAUGCUACCCAGAUAUCUUGGACUUUUGAAAUUUAGAAGCAUCGAUCUCGGGUCCCAAUGCCAUGAGCUUAGUUUGAAGCUCUCGGCUGAGUGAGACAAAGGAAAAGCCGAACUGCGGCGCCCGAACGGCUUCGGCGAGUUUGUGUUUCUUGCUUUUUCGAUAUCCUCCGAGAACAGUCAGAUCGGUGUUGAGACUGGAAAUCGAAAUUCAUGGGUAACUUGUGGGUUUAUCUUCGAGAGUAAGGCCCGAGUUUGGAUGCAAAUAAUUCCAACCGUUCAUACAUCGUUAAAUAGGCACCUUGACUUUCUUUUUGCUCGAAAGAUCGGACAUCCCAGAAAGCAACGAGAACUCGAACACAAUGGAAAACGAACUGGACCAUCUGAAUUGGAACAUCAACCACGCUUUGUCGCAGCUUGAAGGGCCUCUGUCGCAAGAGCUUGACUCGUGCCUCGAAGUCUCCCCGACCUCAAUGAGCACGUCCAGCGGGGCCUACCAAAAGCUCCUAGACACUGUGCAAGUGUUGGACAAGCUUCUUGUUACUUUGACCCCGCCUCAUAUGACACUGGUAGAUGGCGUAUUUGCCUUCACAAACAGCAAAGUUCUACUGUGCGCAUCAGAGUAUGCGCUGGCUGACCAUGUCCAGAGGCUCCAGCCCUGCAGCAUUUCCGAUCUUGCUAAGUCCACCGGUCUGCACGAGCAAGGUCUCUUUCAAAUCGUUCGAUACCUCCGUGAAAUGGGAUAUUUCCACCAGGACCCGAAAACCGGCAGACUGUCGAACAAUAGGCUUUCGGACCUGCUUCGUAAAGACCAUUGGGCCACUUGGCUCAACUGGGUCGACUUCUUCCCACGAGAGUAUUACGACCUGAUCUCACAUCUGCCUGACCAGCUCAAGCGCGAUCAGCCCAAAACCGCCACAGAGCUCUUCUACAAUACUGACAAGCCCAUCUACCAGUACCUGGCCGAAACAGGACGAAUCGCGGGUUUCCACAAAGUGACCGGCACCGGAAGCGUCGUCGAGGCUCCGGGACUGCUGGCUGAUUAUCCGUGGAACGAACUCAAGUCCGAGACCGUUAUGGACAUUGGUGCGGGUGUCGGAGACUUCAUCCGUUCGUAUCUGGAGCGAUUCCCGGACGCCACGGCCGGUGCUUUUGAGCUCCCAUCCACCGCAGAGAUUCUGCAACAAAAGUUUCCUCCAGAGGAUCCACUGACAAGUCGACUUGUCUCCGUGACUGGGGGAGAUUUCUUCCAGGACGAGAUCCCGAAAUCGUCUGUCUAUUUGCUUCGAUGGAUCUUGCAUAACUGGGGCGACGAAGACUGUGUGAGGCUUCUUCGUCGGAUUCGAGAUACUAUCAUCCUGACUCCCGGAAUCAGUCGAGUGUUAAUUGUGGAAUCCGUUCUGUUCGAUGGCCGCCUGGGUCGCGGGGCACGGUACGCGGAUAUUCGUAUGCUAGCUCGGUGCAGAAACAAGGAACGCACGCUGGAGGAAUACAAAAGACUGGCAGAAGAGGCUGGAUGGCGCCUGGACAAGGUUGUCUCUCCGCGAGGUUGUCUCACACAGAUUAUUGAUUUGCGCCCGGUGGGGGCAAGCUCAGUGUCGCCAAAGCUGGACGGCAAUGGCAACGGGGGAUUGGAAUGGGAAUCCGAGUUAAGAUAA